AUGAUUGAAGAUGAUGAGCUUGACAAAUUAGUAAAUGUUGGUAAUAAUGCUGAAGAAAAAUUAAUUGACCUAAGUGAAACCAAUAUUACUCCCAAAAGACUGGACUUACAUGAACAAAUUCUUCGAUAUCAAACAACUUGUGGAUUAAUAAGUUUUGAUCACCAGGUUAUCAUAGAACAAUUAUUGAAUGAUAUUCAAUUUCGACCUUUUGAAUUUUUUGUGGAGCAACUUAGAAUAGUAGCCAUUGCGAUUGGUUUAUUGAAAAAUCAAGAAUGGAAUUAUGUUGGGACGGGUUAUCAAUCACCUUUUAUUUACGAAAGUGGAAUUAUUGAAUUGCGAAGUUCUUUGUUGCAAUUAUAUGGACACAAAUAUCAAAUGAAUUCACGAGAAUUGUGUGGAUGGAAAUCAAUGCUCCGACAUAUGGGUUGA